CAUGAUCUACCUAUGGAAGUAGUGCGGAGUACGUCACGGGACACCGAACUCUACGGAGUACAUCUAUCCUCUCUUUACGAGUCGUUAUCUGCAACGUGCCAGUUAUUAUAUUUAAGGUACAUGCUCAUACUGACUUUCAGAACCUAGAGCGUUUGUUAGUCACCAUGUCUAAUACCAAGAACGAACCCAUUCAUAGCUCAGAUCUGCUUGCUACCCUUCAGUAUUCACAGCAAGCACCAAUCCUCCUUGGCCGACAAAGCAAUUCGAAGAUGGCACCAUUAUCACUCAUUACAUCUGUCCCAGCACAACCUGAAGAAUAUGCAAUGAUAGAGCGGCUUUUCUUUACUUGUUUACAGACAGGAGAUGACAAGUCAGCUCUCAUAUGCCUUGAUAAGCUAACUCAGUUCUUUGGGUCAUCAAAUGAGAGGAUAAUGGGGCUACAUGGUCUUUAUGAAGAGGCGAUUGCUGGAGAUAAUUUUUCUUUGGAGAAGUGCCUUCAGGAAUAUGACGAUAUACUGCAACAGAACCCAGUCAAUUUGCCCAUCUUGAAACGUCGGAUUGCUCUUUUGCGAUCACUGUCUCGGCCUGCGGACGCCAUAAGUAGUCUGAUAAAACUCCUGGAGGCCACUCCCACAGAUACGGAAGCUUGGUGCGAGCUUGCAGACCUAUAUCGAUUGCAAGGGAUGAGUUCUCAGGCAAUUUUCUGUCUUGAGGAGGCCCUUUUAAUCACCCCAAAUGCUUGGAAUGUUCAUGCUUGCUUGGCUGAGCUGUUAUAUGUCUGUGCUUCUUCACAAGAAAAUGGUGAUCCAUCCAAGCUUCUGAGAAGAUCAAUGCGUCACUAUUGUAGGAGCAUUGAACUCUGCGAUGACUACCUCCGAGGAUUCUAUGGGUUAGCUUUGGUUACGACAUUGCUACUUGAAACUGAGGAAAGUUGUACUACGGAAGAAGUUUCUCUGAAGGAAACACUUCCAAGACUAAAUACAUUUGCUUUUGAAAAACUCGAAGCAAUCGUUAAAUCGCGAUUUAUGGAUUAUCAGGGCCAGAAGUGCAGUCAAAGUGAGCUGAUUGCAGCAAAGGAGCUCCUCGACCGAUUUGGCAAGUCUAAUUGAUGUAUAUUUCACCCCCUUCUCUUCUCAUUCUUUCUUCCCCUUUCUUUCUUUCUUUUUUCUUUUUUCUUUUUUCUUUUUUCUUUUUUCUUUUUCUCUCAAAUUUCUUUCUUCCUUCGCUAUCUCCUGGUGUUAUGAGGGUUUUGUUUGGGGUCCAGGGAUUGAACUGUACGAAGUAUUCCAGUAAUGUUUACAUGGUAUCAAGUCGUUUGUUCAUAACCUGCCUCUUUAUUCGGAUAUCAAAUAAGCCACUGUUUAAUUGCUUAUCAUUGUAUUUCUUUUCAGACCGGGAUCGUCGGCGUUCAUCAUAGAAUAAACGAAUAUGUACGGAGUACACUUGAUACCUGUACCUUUUUUAUUGUUUUGC